CAUGGCUUCAACACUUUCUCUCUACCUCAUGUGUCCAGUGUGUUUGGCUGAUUUCGACGAUCCAGUAAGUUUACCUUGUGAGCACGUUUUCUGCCGACAGUGUAUUACAAGUUAUUUGGAAUCGCAUGAAGGUGCUCACAAAUGCCCGGAAUGCAGACAAAACUUCACCAGACAGGAUCUUAAAGGUAACCGAGUGCUGAGAAAUGUUGUGGACGUCGUACAGCAGCAAAAACACAAGACUCAGAAGAACGGUCAAGAAAUGCUAUGCUCUGAGCAUAUGGAGCCACUUAAACUUUUCUGUGAGAAUGACCAGAAAUUGGUUUGCCUUAUCUGCAAGGAAGGAGAGAAACACGGUGGACACAGUUUCAAGCCUGUAAAAGAAGCCAUGGAGAUCAAUGAGAAGGUGGUGAGAGAAGCACUGAAAUUCAUUUUACAUGACAACAAAAAAAUGGGUGACAUGAUCUUCCGUCAGAACACUGAAAUCACAAAGUCUAAGGAAAGGGCCAAAUGUCUCGAGGAAAAGAUGCAUGCUCAGUUUAACAAAAUGCAUGACUUCUUGAGGAAAAAGGAGGAAGAGAUGGUAAAGCAACUCCAGAAACAAGCAAGCAAUGCUGAAGUAUCAAUGAGGCAAAAUGUAUCUUUUUUAUCAAAGUUGCAAAUAAAUGGAAACACCCAGGAGUCCAUAUUGGAGUCAGGACUACAGAUGAGCCAACCUGAGAGGUUUUUAGAGUGGUGGAGUGAAAAAGCCUUCCCUUUCAUUGAUACAAUCACACUCAGUGUGAACAAAGAUAGCAAGUCUGCUCUGCCAACCAAAUUUAAGUCAAGACUUAAUGGUACUCGAGUGAUUCCUGACCACUUCACCCUGGGCCCUUAUGAAACUGACAUGCCGCUGAUUGUUUGGAGAGACAUGCUAGGCUCCGUUAAACAAGACCUAUCAGAUACAUCUACAAUAGACAAAGACCUAAAACUGAACAUCAAAAAAGAAACCCAUCUGCCGUCUCAAGGGGAAGAUUACUUUGUCAAAUUCCAAAAGUUUCCCAAUGGUUAUAAGGACAAUUAUGUGGAAAACAUACAACCUGGUCAGGUGUACUGGGAGGUCGAUGUAGGGGCUGAAGCAGGAUGGGAACAUGGACUUACAGUUAGAUAUUACCCAAAGGAGAAAAGAGCUUCUGUCUGGCAGACGCUGUUUUCUAAAAGUUUUGAGAACAUAUCUCUUUCUGUAAAGAAUGACAGACUGUAUGUUUUAAAGGGAGGGGAAGAAACCCCAGUCGUCACUCAGAUUAUACCCAGCAGAGUCGGGGUUCAUGUGGACAGUGAGAAAGGUCAGGUUGUGUUUUGCAAUGCGGACAAUAUGUCUCUCCUUCACACGGUGUGGUGUGGAGAUAAAUAGAAAUGAAACACUCCGUUUACUAAACCUGCUUUGAAUUCUAAGUGACACUUAUAAACCAUAUAGUCUGAGAAAUGAUCUGGUCACCCUAUUAAUUUUGACAGAAAUUAUAAUUAUUGUAUAAAUCGUGAUUAUCGUUGUAAAUCCGUUUUGGGUUAUUGUUAUAAAUCUUUCUCAGUCUGGCCGGUCUGGUACAACACUGGUACAGUAAUACGCUUUUGGGAACCACAUUCUGGGUACCAGACCAAACUUUGUUAACAGGUUUUGGGAACCACCAGACAGAAUGUCUAUUUGCUGACAGGAUGCUGACAAAAAAUAAUUUUUAAUACCUAAGUGAAAGGGUAAAAGUUGAUCCUAAGAGUACAAGCCGCAGUCCUGCAGAGUGCAGCUUCAACCCUGAAAAAAAAGCUCACCUGACUGUAGCCCUGAAGACAUUGAUUAGCUUGUUCAGGUGCGUUUGAUUAGGGUUGGAGCUGAACUCUCUCCAGGACCAGGACCAAACUUACCUACCCCUGCCCUGUGCAGAUCAUGUCCAGAAUAUACAGUCACAGCCGUCUGCAUAGUUGUUUGUCUCUUUUGAUUUGCUCUGACGUUUAUUACUUUUUGUACUCUUUAAUAAAAGCUGAAAAUUGAUCUUCUUGUUUGAGAGCCCUUUGUGACAGUGUACUAUAAAAUCUGACAACAUCUAAGUGCAUGGGAAAGCUCUGGUCCAGUGGUGUUCAGUUCUAACCCUGAUCAAACAGCAGAACUGGUUGGAGCUGAACUCUGCAGGAAGGUAGAACUCCAGGAACAGGGUUGUGCACCUUUGUUUGGCGUGGGUUUUGAAAACAAAGUGGUACUGGGUACAGAAAAAUGUUGUACCUUGAAAUCUAUACAGUAUUAAUAGUUAUAAUAGUAAUCUUUUUUUAGUUAGUUAGUUAUAGAGGAAAACAUUGGUAAGGAGGUAUCAAGUGAUUUAAACUUACUGCUUUUAAAGAAAGUUUCAAAGUUUGUAGAAUUGAACUAAUUUAAUGACUUUUUACAGAUCUGCUGUAUUCUUUUUAUCUUAAAGAAUGGGCUGAAGGCCGGACUGAUUUAUUUUCUUUUUAUUAAUUAUGUUAUUAAUUAAUUAAAAUUAAUUAUGUUGCGUAAACCACUGAAAAUGUAUAGAUUAAGGUAAAACUACUAGUUUUCAGUAGUACUGGUAAUAGUACUCUAAUAGUCAAACCAGAUCUCUUGUGAAUUUGGAAGAGAUGCAGCUGUUUUUGAGAAGCAGGAAGAGGAAGUGAAGAAACAGCCGGAGACAUAGAAAAGGAAUGCAGAGGCCAUGCAGACUAACCUUUUCAUGAUAAACGAACAGCUGCGAGAAACAGAGACACGUCUGCAGUCUGAACUGAGCAUGACUCUAGCUGGGCACUUUCUACAGGUCACAUAAAAAUAACAGGAUUUCAUUUGCUCUGUUGGCAUAUAUCUGUACAUGACACAGUGUAUACUUUAUGAAUAUGGAAAAAGGUCAUCGUAAGCUAUUGCAGUUAAAGACUUACAUUCACAUUUACACACAUUCGAUUAGCAGAUACUUUUCUAAGAAGCAACAAAUGAGAAAAUCACAAAUAGUUUGUCCCUGUAGAUCUCCUGUAGUGCUGUAAUUCUUGAAAUGCACAGAAAAGCCCUUCAUUCACAGCCGUGGAAUGAAAAUGGAUUUUAUGUGAAAGAAGGAACAGAGCCACAAAUAAACACAGUGAUUCUGCUCAGCUAAUUAAUCUAAAUUAGACGUGUUUAAAAUGAGCAUCGGGAUUCUCAUUCCAGUUCAAUCCCGUUUUUUUUGUCUCGUAAAAGGCAUUUAUUCAGUUUUUUCUCUUUUAUCUCUGCGUGAUAAGAAAGCAACUCCUAUCUGAGGAAAGGCUCAGUCACAGCCGGGAAGUGGUGGUGUGGGAAAAUUUUAACUCUGUAAAACUGGAGUUUUCGAACAUUAAAUUCACUUUCACGGUACAGAGCUCUUUCAUGAAAAACAGCAGUAGCAUAUGAAACAAGGCCAGAUGAAUUAACGUGGAUUCUGAGCCAAGGAUUGAUCGAAAGUCUGCGUCAUGAUUUUGUGACAGUGCUGCAUCAUGCUUUGGGCUUGUUUUUUGUUUUGUUUUUCCCCUCACAGUUUGAUGCCACAUCAGUUAUCUUACAGUGAUAUAAGCAGUAUUCGGCUCAAAAAUUUUAUGACUCAAAAAUGACUACUGCAAUGACAACAAGUGAUUUGAAUAUUGUUCUUUCUGAUAUUAUUUAUACGCUUUCUGUGAAAAGAACGGCUGUAAUUACUUCAAUAAUUACAUGUCAGAUUUCCCAGAAAAAAGAAUUAAAAGGCUAAUUAUAUGUUUCACUUCUUAUUAAUCAGGGUGCUGUUAAUGUAGACUCCAUGUAAAUCACGUUCAUCUUUAAUAUGAAAUUAAACAUGAAACUUGUUUUGAGGAUUUGUGUACAGAUGGAUUUCCCAACAUUUUACAGGAAUAUAUGCAUAAUUGUACUAUCAUGAACAAACUGUUCCUUUAUUGGCUAGAAUGAUCUACUAACUGAAAAUGGGAAAAAAAUGAAAAAAAAUUGGUUGUUUUGAGCAUGGUAAAAA